ACUGUCACAGUCAGCUGUCAUGGUAGUCGAAAGAGCAGAAAUUUCCACACAAAUUAUCGAAACGAAAUAUUUGCAAUUAAAACUAUUGUACAUAUCAAAAGUAAUUGCGUUUAUUAAUAAUAAUAAUGAUACAUUUGAUCCCGUAACUUGAUAGUAUUCAUAGGAUUGAUAAUUAAAGAUUAUUUAUAAAAAUGUCUGAUACUCCUGAGGUUUCGCCAACAGAACCUAUUAAAGAUAUUGUUGACAAACAACCAAAUAAAAAUGGAGAUGGAAAUGAUGAUAUUUCCUCUAAAAUGACUGCAUCAUACAGCGAAAUCUCAUUUAAUUCUGAUAAUGGUGAAAAUAGUGACAUCAAAGCACCUGGUCCAUCCAGACCGUACGAUUUACCAUCAGAAAAUCGUAAACAAGAAAAAAUGCCCCUAGACUUAGACGGACAUGUUCGCUACGUGGGCGAUAUGACUCAUUAUGUGGCUGACGAUCUAGAAUUUAAGAUAAAACUAUCAAGUCCGGUGACCAAGAAGGGUGAAACACCAGUAUUUAGUAGUUCCAGUGCAUCACGCUCAAGUACUCCUUCAGGAAAAUUGUAUAGGCAGAUACUAGCACCGCAAAUUGGACAAAUAGAUAUAACUGUUCUUAACGAUUUGGAACAUGAAGCUCAAAAAAUAGCACAAUCAGUUGAUAAUCUUAUAGAAAAUUUAUCUAGUAUUUUACAUUCCAAUUCCUCACUGACAGCUCAGAAUAUGGAGGUAUAUAAAGAUGCUGUAGCAAAGACAUGUGAUGCUAUGGACAAUAAUAUAAAAAGUAUGUACACUAUUCUAGCAAAAGGAGAAGAGGUGUCUCAGGCUAUGAUACCUGUGCAAGCCCAAGCAGCGAGAAUAGCAGAAAUCAAGAGAUUAUUGCAAGUGUUUGAAAGUUACUUUUAGUUAUUUAAAUUAAUACUUUGUAAAGUAAAAUAUGUAUGAGAGUGUAUUAUAACUUAUUUGUAUAACUUAAAUCUGUGUGAAAGCUAUUAUUUUAUAGUUUAAUAAAUAUAUGAAGCUUU